GGUGGACAAACACACCCAACCAAUCAUGUCAGCUAGAAGUCAUCCACAAAUGGCACCACCGCCACCACCUCCCAAACCAAACAAAUCCGUCACCGCCAAUGGUACCACACCAUACGAAACGUAUGCAGCAAAUGGCAACGGCACAUUCGCGAAUGCCAACGGAAAUGGUAAUGGCAGCGCUAGUGGCAGUCGCAGUGGCAGCAUAUCCUCGUUGACAGACAAUCAGGGUAGUCUGCUGCGCCACAAUCAGAACGUCAAUGGCCGUAGGUCGUGUCACACGCCACCGCGCACUGAUCAAGAGCAAGUCGUAAUGACGCCCAAAGGUAAAACAGCCAAUAGUACUGUUAUACUGAUCGAACGCAAAUUGGUCGAUGAGAUAAAUGAGCGGGUCCAUGUUGCUGGUGGAGAUCAUACAGGCAUCAUAAUCAAUAAGGAUACAGUUAGCGGACAGAAAAGCCAAAGUAUACCAGCACAGCUGUCAUUGGAGUUUCGUGUUUUCCUCGUGAGUGCCAAUACAGGCAAACAUUCACAAGAAUCACGAACGCUGCGUUUCUGGUUCCGGCAAUGGUUGCGCAACGACGAGAAGCAGGCACAAAUUGCACAGGACUUCUUCAAGGAGUUGGUUAGUCCGAAAGAUUUUCCAAGAGAUUAUGUUGGUUUCAUUAAGAAAAUUAUGAAACUUAUGCAGCGCGGCUACGAUGAGAUACAGUCAUUGGAAAUCGAAUUGCGCAUAUUGGAGGAAACGGCAGAGCCACCAUCACGACCGCUUUCACUGGAGGAAUCACAAAUUGAAUCUCCGCCAUUGACGCCGGAAAAGGUGCUCGAAUUAAUUGAACAAGCCUAUCCAAAUCCGGUUACACCAGAAGAUUUAGCUAAAGACUAUGGCUGGGAGGAGCAAGAUGUGCUAUUGGUAUUCGUGUCGCUGAAAGAACGCGGUCUUAUCAAAUCGAUGGAAUAUAAUUCUUACACUAGAAUCCACCAUGAAGACAAAGAGAUUAAGAAAUGAGAAACCCUACGUUUAUGUCUACAAGAGUGGCGAUGAUGUGAAAACAUAUUUCCCCAUCAAUGACUCCCUACAACAGAUCGCUGAAGGCUUGCAAGCCAACAUGGAGCUGAAGCGUCCUUGGGAUACUUAUUUGCGUGAGGGUCUGUCAUCGUUGAUGCAAAAAACUGAGAGUGAUUUUAAUCGUCCUUCCGUCAACACCGAUAAACUCUUCAUGAAUAUCGGCAACAACGAAGUCAUCGAGGUUGCACACCCGAUCGCCACGGACACAGUCGACGGUGUGCCACGUUCCCGCCUGCAUCUUGGACCCAUUGGUUCCGGACGCGAUCUGGUGCGUAGCGAUAAUUCACGCAUGGAUUUCGUAAAGAAAUAUGGAUUGCUCGCCACAGAUGUGGAAAUGAGUUCAGUGCUGGACAGCAUUAUUGGCAAUUGUAGAGAGAGUUUCAUACUAGUGAAAGGUAUUUCCGAUUACAAGGAUGGCAUGUCGACGCGAAAAUGGCAGAAUUUUGCAUCUCUGGCGGCAGCUGCAGUGGUCAAAUCGAUUAUUUGUGGCAUGGAUGCGCCAACAAAUGUUUAAUUAACAAGCAUUUAAAAUUAUUUUAUUAUUAAAUAUAUAAUAUUAUCUAUUAUAGCGCGAAGUAAAUUAUUUUAAAAAUCUGCAAUUAAAUAACAGGUUAUAAUGUGUAAAAUAUUGAGAAGAGGAAAGAAAAGUGUAUGCAUUCAGAUUUCUUUAUACUGACAACGAUAUAUACAUAUAUACACAUACGAAUCACC